AUGCCCCUGUCCCGUCCCCUCCUAUUUUAUGGCCAACCCCAUUCUGCUAUUUGGAUACUAAGUAAUGGAGGGAUUGGCUUUGAACAGUCGGCACGUCAAUACAGAGCAAAUAUAUUACCUAGCAAUGUUAGAAUAAUCGCUCCCUUUUGGAAUAGAAAUGAUUUGAGAGUUGGGGGCAAAAUAUUCUAUCGAGAAGUUACCGGCGGCCGUGUACUCGACCGUGGUCAAAGCGAAAUACGUUACCAAUACGAACUUGAAGUUAAAGUACACACUGCAGUGCUGGUUACAUUUGAUAAAAUGCAGCCUGUGGGGACUGAUCCUUUACCUGACGAAAAUACCAACACUUUCCAAUUAGCCCUCUUCUCCACAAGCAAUGGAACUUUUGCUAAUUUUAUUUACAGCAAUAUUGGAUGGACCCAAGGGGCAGAAGCCGGUUUUAAUGCUGGGGAUGGAAACAAUUUCUUUGCCCUUCCAACCUCUGGCACUGGAAAUAUUAUGUAUUUGGAGGAUUAUGGAAAUACUGGUGAGGGAUUUGUAAGAAAAUUAUUUCCGGAAAAUAUAACCGUAUAG